CGCACACACACUUGCCUGCCAAAACCAAGAUGGCUACCGUCGUUCGCUCUUCCUCGACGUCGUCCGUCGUAACAAAAAUCGGGUUUUAGUGCAAAAAUAUGGACCGAUUUUCGUGUAUAUUCAGUGCAAUUCAUCAGUUGAAUCUUGCUACAAGUGAUUAAGAAAAAGGUUAACGACAGGCAGGCUCUUGAUUGGACAUUAAAUGGUUCCGAAUGUUGACGGAAAAUUGAGCCUCCCGUCUUUUUUUGUGUGAAGAAGUAGCACCGAAGCACGGAAAGGAAAAGUGAAAUUCAGCGCAGUGUCUUCCUGCUGGUAUCGAUUUGUGUUUGUUUUAAUUUUACUGGCCGCGUCCUGCAAUUCAAGUUUUCGUAAAAGUGCGUAAGAAUAGAAUCAUUUCAAUAGAUUAGUUUUAGUUUAAAGUGAAGUGGCCGCCCUAAAACCUUAACGACAGAAGCAAUGAGCUGAGUUCAGGAGGGCGCCCCCUUCGCCUUGAGCAGCGCGAGAGUUGCGGACUCCCUCGGAAUAGGUGCAGAGCGCAGACACCAAGAAAAUGACGAAAUCGGCACAACACUCAUCGUCGUCUGGUGCUACGGAUCAGCCUAUUCCAGUAACUGAUCUGAAUGACGAUCAGGAAUCGUCUCCACAAGCCAGUUCAACGCCAGCAAAAUUGAUAACAGUAACUGGAAAACGACACCAGCAGCAACAGCAACCUCAAAUGAAUCGGAGGACUUCAACCCGUUUGACCUCAAUUCGAAAUGAUAGUUUGUCUUCUUCCUCUUCGUCGUCGUCUUCAUCAUCGUCGCUAUCCUCCGUUGGAGAUCUAGACAUGGUGACAGACAACAAGCCAACCAACUCUGAGGAUGUAUUUAAAGUGCCAUCAUCGACCUCUGCUGCUGGUUCAGUAGCGGGAGAGGAACAACCCCAGGAAAAUGGAAUUAUUUGUCGAUUGCCAUUAGACCGCCUGCAAGCCAUUCUGGGAGCACUGAAUAUUCUGAAGAACCCUUCCGAUGGCGAACCAGGAGUAAGUUGUUCCAGUCCAAGUCCCACAUACAAACUAUUGUGUCUUUACUGCGACCGAACAUUUACUAGCCAAACGUUGAUGGCCAAACAUACGGAUCGAGUGCACCGAAUAUCAAAAGAUCGCCGUAGUAGCAGCCGCGUAAUUCCUAUGGUAACUGGCGGAGCCUUUCCCAACUGUAGUUAUUGCAAUAAAGGCAAAGUCACAACGGCUUCGGAAGAUCUAUCGCAGUUAUUCAAACACCUGAUAGAUGAACAUUCUGAUCGAUAUUUCGCUUGUGAAUUAUGUGGCAUCCGAUUUCCAAGCGAUGAUUCUCGCGAUUCACACAUAGAAGCGUUGCAUCCGCCAAGUAAUCAGCUGGAGAAUCGUAAUCGGCCCAAAUCCAAAGCUGCCCUAAAAAGUUUCAAUGUGAAAUCGACCAAAAGUUGUGAAAUCGUGACUACUCCUCUUACCAUCCAAGUUGAUUUCGACACUGAAGCAAUGAAGAAUCUCACCAUCGAAAAUAUUGACGCUGUUGAUUCUCUUUCCGCUGCUCUCGGGCUGGUCAGCAGUAGCUCAACAGGUAGUGGUGUGACUCGAUUACGAAGCUCCGGCCGGACAUCAGCAACCCGAUCAACAAGCUCAAUCGGUGUUGGCAAAUCAAAGUUUGUUAAAAAAACAGACAAGAUGUUGAUGCGGUCUUCUGAGCCAAUGCUUUCCCGACUCGGCAUCGCACAACAUCGGACCUCACAGCUGGGUCGUAAGGCUAUCAACACAAAAACACGCCGGAAAGCAGCUGCAACUGACAGUGCAAGUUGUUCGUCUUCUCUUUCCGGGACCUCUUCCUCUCAACCGGACAAUCACUACAACAAAAUCACGAAACUCAAGACUAUACGUUCAACUUUGAAUAAUCCUAGUGGCAGUUCCGAAAGUGACUUUGUGGUAUCGCGAGGAAAGAACGAUAUUGUUAGCACUUUCGAUGAGGAUUUUUAUGAAAACGUAAACUUGAACGUCCGUCUGAAUCUUAGUUGCCACUUGGACGGUAAACUUGAAGCGUCAACUGUCAAUGCUCCAUCGCCAAUUAGUCCGGUGGUGUCAAUUCCGGCUAUUCGAUCUACUGUCGUUAAAAGUCCCCUUCAAACAGAGAGUAAAAUUCACGAAGCUACCAAUCUGCCAGCGCUGACCGUUUUUCCAACUUUACUGACUGUUGAACAGUACGGGACGGAUUUGUUACCCGUGUCAAAAAUUAAAAAACCAAUUACCAAAAACUCCUGGAAGUGGAAGUGGGACUUUGUCAAAAAGUACAAGUAUGUGAACGAAAACGGUAAAAUCGUGAAAAAAAUUAAACAACCUACACUUGGUCUACGAGAUCUUUCUAAGCUAGAUAUGUGGACGCAGCUUACCAUGCGAACUAAGCAUGAGUUGAUCCGAAACCGUCGAAAUCUCUAUCAGACAGAUGUUGGGGAUAGUCUCCGCCAAGAGCAACGUAAACAAGUUAAUGAACUAAAUCAAAUUUUAGACACACGAGUUCUGCCCCAAAUAACACUCGAACAGCAUGAUCAAAGUAUUAUCAAAUUGGAAUCAGAAGCACUAAAUGACGGAGAUGGUGCAGGUGAUCAGCUUUCAGAGUGGGAGCUAGAGUCAAACUCUAUUACAGAGGAAUUUAUUAAUAGCUUGCAACUAUUAAAGCUUCCAGAUUUCGGUCGUCGUCAGCAGGUUAUACUCAGUGGAGAAUGGGCUCGCCCUCGGUGCUACAUCUGCUAUUGCUGCGGCGAUAAGUUCAGUUCUCUCAAACAAGUGGAAGAGCACAAGACCUUCCGUCAUCCUUAUGUCUACUCCACUUAUUAUGAAAUAGUUGGGCGCGAAUUGAUUGAGAAACAGUUGUUCAAACACUUCUUCAUCCCGCUAUCGGCCCUGACAAUGCAUCGUAUUCACUAUGCCCGAUUGUCAAAUUUUGCUUUAACAAAUUUUGAUCAGCGACGAACACCUCCUGCUCGGCAACCAUCAUCAGAAUCGGCAGCUACUAUAACUGAGAUCAAAAGUGAGGAUUCCUCCUCUAAUGAAGCUACAUCAUUUUCGACAACGACAUCGUCAUCGUCACUACUUUCACUCUCAGCACAAACUGCCACCAGUAGUCUCUCGUCCUGUUCGUCUCGAACCGCCGUGAAUAUGCUUCUCUCCGCUGGUCAAGAUUACACUACAUCCUUCACCAGCUAUCCGUCGGAGCCGGGACCGUUGCAGUGUUCUAAAUGUCAAAAGGAGUGUGUCAAUAUUUUGGUUCUUUACGCACAUAUUCUUAACUGUACCAAUGACUACAUCUGGCUGCAGGCGAAGAAACGAAUGAAAUACCGUCGCGCCAACAGACGUCGUAAAGGAUGUAGUCGAGCGGCGUUGGCUGCGCGCAAGGCCGCUAUGACGAACGCUGCCCACUCGGCAGUGGAAAAGUCCGAAACGGCUAGCAAUCAUUCAGGUGGUGCAGACGCGGAAAGUAGUAGCAGUACCUGCGGGUCGGAAACCAAGAAAAAACCAAAAUCUCCACCGAGACCACGCGAGAAGGAUAGUGACAUUGUGAAACGACUCACUGCAAACCUGCCGGCAAAGCGAAUCUCUCGACAAAUACUUCAGAUGACGAAACAAAUCCGGAAACGUCCUCAGAUGAACAUACCGAAAAGCGGAAAGAAGCCAGUUGUUUCCACUUUGACACCAUCGAAAGCCGGAGUGCCUCGCGGAACUACCACGUCCACGAUCACGAAGCUGCGCAGUGGUAAAGUAUCUUCUGUUUCUAGCACUAGUAAGAAACUCAUAGAAAAGCCAAAAUUGUCGACAAGAACAAAAACUGAAGAAAAAACAUCGGCGGAAGAUGAAACAGAGAAAGUUCAACCCAAAGAAGGAAAAAAUGACAAACUUGAGGAACAGACAGAAAACCAAGAGAAAAACGUUGAAGGAACUAAGGUGGAGAAGAAGGAAGAAAAUCUUCCUGUAGCAGCAAAAAGCAAAAAGACUAUUUCCAGAGGAAAAAGUCUUCCGGUGCGGGGAAAACACUUUGUUGGCAGAAGAAACGUCCACUGGAAAGGUAAAAAGAAAGUGUUACCUUUUCGCAAGAGUUUAGCAACCAACAAUCGGAUGCUACGCAGUGGUUCUAUUAGGAUAGCCUCUACUAGAACUAGAAAUAAUUCAAAACUAGUGCCACCUUCUAGAAAAGAAGCUAAGCAAAAAGAGGUAAGCUCUGGUCCCACUAAGAAACAUCUGACUAAGAGUAAGGAAAGUAAAAGUCCCGUUGGCGAGGAUGAAAAAAGUGCUCGCAAUUCGCCUGUUGCAGAAACUGAGGUUGAAGUGAAAAAGGAAACGUGUACAGUGGUCGAAGAAACUGCAGAAAAAUAUUCGAAGCUAGAUUCAUUAAUCACUACAGAAAAAGAAGAAAAUAAGGUAAUAGAAGUGAUUGAACCUUGCGUUAAAGAAGUGCCUGAUGAGAUCACCAAAAUUCAAGAUCCAGAGAAAGGAGAUGCCCAGACAGGUAGUGUAGAACCAAACAUUUCUGCCGUAACUCCUAUUAAAAAAGCUGAUCCUCCGAAAGAAUCAUCCUCGUUGCAAGUUGAAUCUGUCUCAGAAGAAACUCCUGAACAACCCAUUGUACAAGAACCAACAGAGCCUUCAACUCCCAUCAAAUCUCCAUCACAAGGAUCAUUACCAGCUUCCCUAACAUCAACUCCAUCGACAUGUUCAUCGCAACAAGCGAACAAACGGAAACCUAAAAAGCUUAACGAUUGUAUCGCUAUGCUAACGGGAAAGUUAUCUGAAAAACUUGGAGUAGAUUUUUUCAAUCACGUAACGGCGAAAAACUCUGAAAAAUCUCAGAAAAAGUCCUCUCCAACCGUCGAAACUCGAGCUUCAAAGCAAGCAAUUUUUACAUCACCAAAUCUAAUUCCUAUUCCACCUCAAACAUUGGCAGUAUUACCCUUGCAAAUACCUCCACCGCAAGUGGCACCACUUCCGCUGGUAAUGAAUACACGCCACUCCCCGGCACAGCCGAAGCCAGCAAUGCUAUCACCAAUUGCUCCAAUCGUAACACCAAUGGAGGAUAUAUCCGAUGAACCUUUAAAUUUAUCAAAAAAUAGUCCAAUCGGUAGAUGUGUGCCGCCUCGACCGCGAGAUGUAUAUAGUCAUCAAAAAACUGCACAGCACCUAUCGCCGCCACCUCGUUCGCCUACAGCACCAGCGCACUCGCCGCAUCAACUGCCACCGCCGUUAUCGCAUCAUCAAUCACCCCAAACGCAACAUCAUCAUCAGCAAUAUCAGCAACCAGGUCCAUCAACUCCAAAUAGAAAUCUUCCGUCGAUUAAGCUUCCACCGGGACUAAUAAUUGAGCGAGUGGAGUACAAAUCACGACCAGUAAUUUCUAAGGAAGCUCCAUCCGUUACUAUAGUUGCCCGUCGACAGCCGCCCCCUUCGAUGGAAAACCGAUCAUCAAUGCCAGUAACGCCUCCAAUUGAGUCGUCAUCAACACCGUCACUACCAUCGCCAGUAAGAAAACAUCAUACUAUUACACAACAACAGCAUUACGGUGAUCCCAGGAAAAGUACACCAACAAGCCAACACAAUUCACCUACAAAGAUGCCUCUUACUCAACAACCUUCCCAACCUUCCAUUGCAUCAACUUUAAGGCAGGAAAGACCACUGGAGAAUCGUAUUUCCGUUACAAUAACCGAAGCUAAAAGCGGUGAUCGUCAUCAAAGCUCUGUCACUAAACCACCUACUAUUACACUUAACAUACCAGAACGACCACCAGUUAUCGAUAGGAGUUCUUCUUUACCAGUAAACCCUGCACAGCUUAUUAUUCCAACCGUUACAACUUCGGCGGUUCCAGUUAUUCAAUCUCAGCAGACCUCCGGUAGUACUACUAGCACAAGCAAACGCAAUCGUCGCAAGAGCGUCUAUGCUGCACCAUCAACAAUUAACGACGCGCCAUCACCUGCUUUACCGCCUCAGGUGUCACCAAUCGUGCCACCAGCACCUUUGUUCCCAGGGCUACCACCGCUUCCAUUUCUUCCUCAUUCACUCCUGACUGCUCCGCCUUUGGGGCUGGAUCUGCAACGUCUAGCAGCAGUUGGAUUGCCCCCGCAUUUGAAACCUCCAGUUAUUCCUCCACUAACGAUUCCAUCUCCGUCGGUAAAUUCAACCGCUUCCGCAGCAGCAGCAGCCGCUUUCUUGGAAAAAAUUCUAUUACCCAAUCGAGACGUUAUCGUGAAACAGAUUGAGAACGCGGCGGCAGUGGCAUCCCAAUCGCGAUCCGCGCAACAUUCUCCGAAUGUGAAGAAAGUACCGGAAGAAAUCGUUCCUGUCAUCGAGGUUCAAGUAGUUCCACCAUCCACAAAGCCUGCAGAUAAAUGUCCACCACCAAUUGAAAAGAAAAAUCGUUCACGAGCCAGAACAUCACGAACCAAAGCACAAAAUGUCGUAUUUCCUCCAAACGAGACGCCCAUUUCAACCGCACAAGCUAGUCCCGAUUUUAUGAAUGAAGACGCAGUUGCACCGUUUGAACCUGAAGUCAUUCUUCAAGUUCUUCCUGUAGAAACUGCCCCGUUACAUCCUAUCACAUCUCCAGAAAAUAACGAACAACUCAUCGAACAACAAGCACAAAAAACCCCAGAAACAGAAAUGGCAGUUGAAAAACCAGUUGAGCCAGUCCUCCAAGAACCAGUUACUGUGGCGGAAGAAGUUAAAAGCACCGAUAUCGAAUUAGAAUCCAUUGAAUCAACAAAAGGUGUCGAGAAUGCGACUGGCAGCAGCAGUGGCAAAACAGUACGAAAGCGGCGGAAAAAUGAGCUGGCAUCUAUUCUUUCAGAUCAACUACUAGAAAGUUUUAAAGAAGUUGACCAGUCGGCCUUACAAGAUCUUAAAAUGAUGCACGAUAUGUCUUGUGAAAAACCAGAUAUUAAGUUCUCUUUGGAGCAAAUUCCUCAGCUUGCUAAACGUAAAGUAAAUCCUCGUCAUCCGGAUUUACUGACGAGAAAUUCACCAACUGCCAGUAGCGGUAAAAAGACACCUGCUAAAAAGAUUGCUAAAGAUGCAGCGCGAGAACAGAUAGCUACCAUGGAAACUAGAGAAACUGAAAUGGUAAAAAUGAGCGAAGAAUCUACAACAAUCCUCAAUGUUUCAACGUUAUCGGAAUCAGUUUGUAAAGUUGAUGAACGGGUUUUAGAAGUAACUAAAGAAAUUCCAGCUUCUCAGGCAAAUGAAGAUGGUGCAGAAAAUGUUAAAAUCAAAUCCGUUGGAGAAGAAAAGAAAGAACAACCAGUUGCAGGAGUUACUCUUCCGGAAAAACUGAAAAGUUCACAAAAACCUACCGGAAAACCAACAGACGAAGAGACUAAGAAAAAUGAAGUCACAGUAAAGUUACCCGAGAAAGCUGCAACUCCGACAAUCGCAAAGCAAGCACCAAAACGGCGAACGCGAAAACUUUCUAUCGAUAUUGAUCGGCUAGCAGGGCUUGAGCGUAAAGGCCGACAGAAACAGCAGUACCUGAACCACCUGGCAAACAACGACCUUGUCGAGAAAGUAAACACAAGAAGAGGCAAAAGUGCUGCUAAGAAAAUUCAAUCUACAAACAUUGCUGCUGAAGCAAAAGUGGAGCAAAAUGAUAGUUUUCACAGGUCCUCUUCUGGUGAUACUACUGUUGCACACGAAGAAAAAUCUUCGAAAUCAGAGGAAAAAAGUGAAAAGCUUCAAACAAGCCCAGAAAAAUCCGAUAAUUUAAAAAAGAAAUCGUCAACGAAAUCUCGAUCGAAAACACCGUUUCCGCACCAACUAAAAUCUGAGAAGACUGAUCUCGAUCGAUUAAAAGAAGCACUGAAUAUUGAGACACCCGCUCGCAAAGUAACCAAUAAGAAAAAAGUUCCUACUUCGGAGCAACUUACAACGCAAAACAUUUCGUUAGCCCCUCCAGUUGAACUUACACCGCAUACAGAAAAGAAAUCUGCGAAACGAAAGAGUAGUGGCAAAACGAACGACGAAAACAACUUAAAUGACGAAGUCAGUCCAUCGUCAAGCAAGAAAACGAAAGAGGAACACAAAACAAAGCAAGUGGAAAAGACUACAGAAAAAUCACCUACGAAGCAACCACAGCCUCUGAUAUCGAAUGAAGAAUCGAAACAACGGACUCCAUCGCCAAUUGUCACUACGGAACCGAAAGUAAAGCCAAUCCCAACACCACCGAAGCGAAUAAUGGCUCGGCGGUCAUCCGUAUUUGUUGAUAAGAACUUGGCUCAAUAUAUGGAACAAAAGGAUGCUGAACAGGAACGGUUACUGGUGAGCAGCAGCUUUAAAGAUGACCUAAUAUUAACCUCUCGGAGAGGCACUCGCAGUCAGGGUGGAGUAGAUUUCAGUUUGGUGGCUAGCUUCGCUGAGGCCGCUAUGAAGCCCAGGGAUCCAAGGCGGAAAUCAGCCGCAGCGGUAGCGGCUGCAGCGGCCGCUGCAAAACGUGCAGAAGAAGAGCGCCGAGCUGCAGAAGAAAAUCGGAAACUGCGUGAAGAGAAAGAAAAAAUGCAACAAGAACAAGAACGGCUACAACGAGAAGAAGAGAAAAGAAAACCUAUAGUUGCCCCACCGUUGCGAAGAAUAAGUGCGCGAAGGGCAUCUGUGUAUGCAACCAUUCCACCGGAGGAAUCUCAACCAAAAACCGAAGAAAGUAUGGCAGAAAUAGGCAAGGCUACUAAACGCCAGUACAGACGGCGGGCAUCCGUUUAUCAAUCAGUGUCUUUCCUAGAUGAGGAAGAGCAGCAUAAAGAAAUAGAAACAAAACCUAAGGUGACACGGUCUAAAACGCCUAGUCUGAGUGAUGCAUGGGAUCAUGAGUUGAAAUCCGUCGGCCGGAGACGCAAUCAAAGUGUAUUCAAUGGAACUCCAGAACCCACCAUAGAAUCGUUACUAGAGCCACUGUCAAUACCAGCAACCGGAACAAAACGCAGAACGAAGAAUAGUCAACUAGCAGAGAAUCUCUCUAAGCUUUUCAACAUCGAAGAAGAGAUUCAACUAAUUGACCGAAGCAGGCGGAAACCUCGUAAAAGUAACACCCCGAUCUCCUUUGAGAUUUUGGCUGUCAGUUCUACCCCGAUCAAAGAAACGAUUACGGAAAUAAAGAAAAUCGACGAAUUAGUGAAAGUCGUUGAAAAUGAGGUAGCUAAGGCUAGUAUCGCUCCAAAACCUCGCGAAUCCUUGUCGUUUUCAAAUGAUGAUGAAGAUGAAUCACCGAAAUUGAAUAAGCUUGUGCAGGAUAUCAUUAAUAAAUCCGAAUCAGAUUCCGAUUCGGAAGAUGAUAACAUGUCUCUGGCAUGCUUUGUCCGUCGAGAUGAGAGUUUCUUGAAGCCUGUGUCUGGCCGCGCGUCAUCUAUCCAUGAUUCGCUGGAUGCCACCGCAGAAGACGAGAGUAAUAGUGCGAUCGAUGACGAUGUAAGUGUAACAACCGAAGUAGUUGGCAUUGGCGGCAGUAUCAAAAAGCGCAAGCGUAGAAAGUCAAUUUGUGUAACCAAACUACGGCGACCUAAGCCACCAAUAGACGAAAAUAAACCUAUGGUCACAUUUAACUGCGAUCUUUGUAAAAAGGUGUUUAAAAAACAAGACGCUUACAACAAACAUCGCAUGACAUUAUCGCACAUAGCUAAACUGUCUGAACAGGAGUACCUAGAGGCACAAAGAAAGGAACAAGAGUUGACGGCUGCUACGAAACUUCAGAGCUCUAAUACUACCGAGGAUGUUGUCGUCGGAGCCAACUCCCCACCAAACACCAUAAAAAACCUAAGCCAAGAAGAGAAGCUAUUCUACGAAUGUUGUUCAAUGUUGAAGGAAUCCAAUGCCGACAACGAAAACAUCAACUUAACAGUGUCGCUAAAGUCGGAUGAAAUGACGGGCAACACAGGACUGGCAGCUGUUGAUCAAAUCUCCCCUCCAAAAGUUAGUGUUACCUAUCCGAGUCCAUUUGUUCCUUUACCGCAACAGAGUAAAACAAACGAAAGUAGCUGUUUUAAUAUGGGCGAUAGUUUCCCUUCAUUUCCGGACGUAAGCGAAAGCGAAAAUUACAUUCAAGCAAUUAAUCAACGAAAUCUUGGUGAUGAAUUGGGUAAACUAACAUCGGCAGGAAUCGGGCAACAAUCAGCGUCAUCGGAGAAUGAUGGCAACUUGUCACCACAUAAUUCGACUAAGUCGACCAGUUCACAAGCGUCAGUGUUUUCACAAAAAACAUUCAAGACAAAGGGUGCAUUAAAGGGCUAUGAUAACUUCAAAGUGUCAAUACCGAUGAGUGGUAUUCAAAUAGCAAAAGAAUCGAAAUUGGACACUCUGGCAGAUGUAGCUUUAGGCGGAGACAUUCCCAAAGAAUUCGAUCUUAGCGAUAACGGAAAUCAGAAUGAUACAUCAGAGGUAAUGAUUGCUUCAGCUUCGGUGUCUAAAAGAACGGUGUCACCCAAAAAUGGUCUUCAAAGCGGCACACGCGCACGUUCUUCAACUAGAAAGGAACAACCAACUGCUGCCAAUAAGCUUGGUUUCAAAGUGAAGAAAAAAAUGUCAGCUUCUUCAGGUAAUACUACAAGAUCGACUCCGAAACGGGGGAUACUGAAAAAAUCAGUGAAUAUGAGUACAUCAGAGCGAAGUAAACCGGAUCCCGAAGAUAUUUAUGCGUUUCAGGAAUCUACGCCGGAAGAAACAAUACCUUUGCCUUCGUACUUAUCAAACAAGAAAUCAACGACCGGUUUGUCUGCAACAAUGUCCAACAAAAAUUCUAAUACAGUGGACAAAUCUGGUAACACAAUCGGUACUAAUGCCACUGUUACUACUACUGCUGAUCAAGGUGAAGAAAGUCAACUCUCCAGCUUGAGUUUCUCAGACCGCGAUGAUUUCGUGUACGGUACAAAUACACUGAGCGAAGAGGACGAAGAUGACAAAAGCAGUAGCUAUAGUAGUUCACAAACGACACCGAAAAAGCCGAUUAAGGCAGAUGUUCAGAAAAAAAGUCUUAUCAUGGGACGAAUUUUCAAAAAAACAAAAGACAAACUGAAGGAUGAAGUGUGUUCUAAGAAAGAACCUUCCCCGGUUGAAGGACCAACGAAGCAAGUGGCGAAAGAUUUUGACAAGCUGUUCGACACUUUAAAGAAAUUAGAGGUAGAGAAAAAAGUUGAACCAGAGAGUAACGACACAUCAGCGGAAACAUUGGAACCUGAUACAGAUCUAGUAGAUCCCAAAUUGUUUGAAGAGUACGAAGACGAAAAGGGUGAAAGAAAACUGCGUAGGAGAAGUAUCCAAAAGAAACUGACUGAAUCCUAUGACUCCGACGACUACGAAGAUUUUAACCUGAAAGAUGCAGUUGAUGCAGCGAAAAAGAAAGGUGACAAGGGAUCAACGAAAUUAGCUGAUUCUAAGACUGUGGAAGUUCUGAAUUCUGUAACAGAAAAGUCGGAAGAAACUGAAAGCAAAACUCCAAAUCAAUCAGCCAAAUUGGAUACUGAAACGAAAGCGAAAGCUGCAGCGCAAGACACUAAAAAGUCAAUCGUGACUGAUGAAACGAUCCGACGGGUAAUGGAAAGUGUUAUCAUGGAAGUGUCGAUGAGCAAAAACCACCGCACCAGGGAUAACAAACGCCGUAAUAAAAAUGGGAAAGCUUCCAAGAUCGUUGAGGAGGAUGAGCCACAGAAGGGGCCAAAUAAAGACAGCACUCCAGACCUGUCUGCUGCAUUGGAAGAACAUGUUUUAGAGUCUAGUGUAGUCAUAUCCUCAAAGACUAUUACAACUAAGUUUAAGCAGAAGUUAAAUUCAUCGCAGACUGGUAAGCAACAACAAAAACAAAAGCAAGAAAAACCAGCUGAAGAAUUGAAAAAGCCAGCGAUGAACAAAUCCACCAACAAUAAUAAUAACAGUCAGUCUCAGAAACCAUCAAAGGCUGUCCCAAAAGCGAAAGAGCCAACUGAACCUGUGUCGGUAACGACUAAAAGUUCCACCAACAACAACAGUUCCAAAAACAAGCAACGAAAAGGGCCACCUAAGAAAAUGAAAAAUGUUGCAUACGAUCCGGAUAGUGACUUCGAAGAUAACAUCAAAUGCAAAAAGGUUAAGAAAAAGCUUCUGGAGAGUGAUAUCGAAGCUAAUCUUAAAAUCGAACAGCUGAAUGCGACACUGAGUGACAGCAUUUUGAUGCCGGCACCGCGUCGUAAGCGAAACGCUGCUGAAACGCUAUACUUCUGGUCGUCAUCCUCUUCGUCUAGCGAAGAAGAGGAUUUGGAUGAUUUUGUCGAAGUGUCUAGCCCUGCCAGUAAAAGUAAAAAGCAAAAGAAGCAAACCAACACGAAACCAAAACAGGUGACGGGGAGUCAGCCAAAGUCCAAGCAGAAAUCCAUACAACAACCACAGCAACAACAACCGCAUCAACAGGUAGAGCCUUCUCAGCAGCAGCAACAGAAACAGAUGACUAGCACAACCGUAGAAACCGGUGCUGGAGAUGACACCAGCAGUAGUAGCGAACAUAUGCAACAGCACGGCUGGAUCGUGGGGGACUCGCACAAAAAGCUGGUAACAUUGCUAGCUCACGCUAAAGGAAAACAGGACAACCGACCAGUUAAAGCAACGGGGAAUCGGCGAAAAACCUAAACGAUGUGCUGUGGUGAGUUUCUUUUUGGAAAACAUGCCUAUGGAUGUGUGAAAUAUUAGUAACCUUACACCUAUCGUCUACCGCCGCGCAGAAUUGGCGCAAAUAUGUAUUAAACCUCCGUUUUAUCCGAUAUUAACUGCAAAUUGUGUGUAUUAACAUAGGUACUACGUAUCAUUACCAGAAAAGAAAAUAAUUUGUCGCCUUUUUCCGAUUCUGAAUCCACAUAACGCGUAUCCGAGAUGCAUCAAAAGAAUCGUACUGAGAGGGAAUAUUUGGUGUAGGUUUAAUAUGUUGAAAACACUGAAAAAAAAUACUAACGUUAGAGUUUUAUCGUGCGGACGGAAAUGUGAAACAUUGAAGACACGUUGAUUUCUAACUAAAUAAAGGUAAUAUUAAAUAAAACUAUUAUCUAGUUCAUGUGUAUAGUUAUGUAAGGCGUAGCUAAACCAAGCUAUGGAUAUAGCAUAUGGAUUGCAAAAAUAAGAACAAUUUUAUGUUUGUCCUUCCAAAACACGUUCAAAUUACGUUUACAAUCGAACGACUGUGCAAAAUUAGAUGAAUUAGGUUAGAAAGAGAGAGACAGACAGACAAACAGAGAGCUUUUUAUUUUGCCCUAUUAUUCUCGUUUUAAAUAAAAACAGUCAACCUUAGUGCAUAGAAAUUUAUAAACAUACAUGAUAAUCGCUUUACGGUUGCCGGGAACUGAAACAAUUAGUUUUUAGAAUUUCAUCCCGUCCCAUCAUAUUUCUCACGUUUACCUCCUAACAGCAGCAAAUAUCGUCUUUUGCGUCUGUGUAUUUGAGUUACCCUCUUUUCAACCAAUUUUUAUUCAUUCAUUUGCAAUGAAUCAAUCUGUUUGCGGUCAUGGAAUUAACAUUGAUAAAAUAUUUACCCUACAGCUCCAACCACCGUUGCUUGGCAUAAUCAAACAAUGCACCCUUGUAAAUGUUAUACAGUAAAUAAUGUAUUCGUUUUGUUCUUGUAUAAUACCACUUUCCGUAAAAUGUAUACAUCGUAAUUAUUAAUAGGCCGUACAAUUAUAAAACCCGUAUUAUGGUGAUUUGGUUCCUUCUGUAUGUAAGAGACACAAGACAACAAACAACUGCAUUUAGCAAAGCGUUUGAGUCGAGUUGGAGACACUUAAUUUAAUUUUCCAUAAACAAUUUUUCAAACCCAAUUCUGUAAAAAACGAAGCUUCCAUUGUACUAGCAAAGAAAAAGAUAGAACUCAGUAAACGAUUAAUUCUCUGCAUAUAAUUGGAAUCUGAUUAGCUCACAUCACCAGCGGAUGAAGCGCCUCCUGUUUUGUCAACUCAAGCACACACACACAGGCACAGUGUGUAGUAGUUCGAAAAUUCACUGUACAAAUUAAAAGGCACUGGUUAAUGGCAACAGAAACCAACAUAAUUUUUGGAUCUCAUUUAGAAUACCGCAAAAGGGCGAAAGAAGACUAGACGGAAAUAUUUUUUGUUUGAUUUAUUUGCAAAUCAAUUCCUCUCAAUGGGCAAUACACUGCGAAAUUUUAACAGAAAAAACUUAUUCUGGUUUCGUUUUGCAUAAAAAAUAAUCAAGAAAUGCGACGUACUAGGAUCGCAAUCAAGUAAAAUAAAAUGAAGCGAACGCCAUGAAUUGUAAAAAUAGAGAAAUAAAAGUAACAAAGAAAUGUAUGCCCUUGUCAAUAUCUAUACUGUGGGUGUGGCUGCUCGUAAUUGCAAGUAUGAUACAAAGAUAAAUAGGGUGCAGGACUAGCAAUUAUCAACAUUCAUCCCCACUUGAACAAAAAAAAUAUAUUUCUGAUAAUUAUUAUGACUUUUACUGCCAUAUUUGAGGUAAAGAUUUUUUUGUUGUCUCUGUAUGAGUGCUGAAAAUUUUGCGAGAGAAAAAUUAUCAAAAAAAAUGUGAUGUGUCAUAUUUUGCAAGGAAAAUAAAAUACCCAAAAAAAUAUAAAAA